AGCCUGUCCAGCGAUAUGCUGCCGCCUCACCUCUAGUAGCACUCCAUCCAAGCCCUUAAACCUAUGGACAAUACGCAGCAGCACCAUCCCCCUGAGCACUUGAGCUCCUGGUCAAGGCCAGGUGCAAAGGUGGCUAUUCCACGACUACAAAACAUCAACUAUCACUUGUCUGCCAGAGCGCGACCUCAGCGUCCCCGUACCGACGUAGUGAGUAAAGCCUGUAUGCAGUGCCGUAAGCGAAAAAUCAAAUGUUCCGGUGACCGGCCGCGCUGUACCAACUGCCAGCGCCAGGGAAAGGACCAUGCGUGCUACUAUGAACAGGAGCGCAAAGACCGCCUCCGAGGCGCGUUACGCAAGGUGCAGAUUCUGACAGCCCUUUUCAACGACGUUAGUACCCAACUGGACGAGAAAGGCAAGAAUAAAAUCCAAGAAGUACUGGCGUCUUUUGAAGACGACACACCUUCUCUCUCGACCCCCUUGGUACCCUCUGUGCUACACUCCAAGCGCCAGAGACAAAGCUCUUAUUUCGAUGACGACGCCGUGAGCUCUACUUCUGCAGAUGUAGGAGAGGCGUUUGUUUCGGCCUCGGUCGGGUCAAAUGAAGACCUGGACUUUGUUCAGGAGGAUCUCUUGCGUGUGAAUGAGGCAGAAAGUGCAGGCUUCAUGGGCCGUAACUCACAAGCCCAGUGGCUGCGUGCACUCGAGUCCAAGGUGGAACAACCGGGAGGCGAGCCUUCCUUUUCAAACUACGGGCCGCCUGGAGCCAGUUCAGAAGCCUUCAACCGUCGUGCUGAAGCACUCCAUGGGCGUCAACAGAAGAGUGGCUAUACGCAGGCCAACGCGAACUCGGCAACCAACUACUAUUUUUACCUCGACAAGGCUAACAUCGAUGUCGAAAUCGGUGACCCCAACGUCGUGCCCUCUGCUAGUACAGCACAGAGUUUGUUCGGCUACUACAAGCAUGCAGUGUAUAGUCCGUUCAAGCUCGUCGACGAUGAGUUCGAGCGACAACUACAAUUCUAUCUCAACGAGAAGGAUGGAAUAGUUACGGCAAACGUGUGCCCCAAGUGGAAAGCUGUCAUGAACCUUGUGUUCGCCAUCGGUGCGCGGUACUCGUAUCUAGUCGACGCUGAGUGGCGAGCGGACGAUCGCGAUCAUCUGGUCUACAUGUGGAGAGCGAUCCAUCUCUUACAGCUACAAAAUAUGAGGACUCUCGUUUCGCACCCGGAGCAGCGACUGAUACAGGCGAUCGGACUUCUUGCACUAUACUACCUCACGAUCGGCCACGUUAGCAGAGCCUGGUUCAUGAUCGGUAUGGCUAUCCGACAUGCGCAGGCUGCAGGUCUGCACCUUAGAUAUGAGAAUCCCUCUAUACCCAACGACCGGAGAAAUUCAUUGGCUGAGCUGUGGUGGGCCCUCAACUCUGUUGAAUGCGUUCUUACUGCAAUAUUGGGUCGCCCCCGGGCAAUAUAUGCCAACGACUGCACACUACCCCCACCGGGUACUGUCAGGACCGAGACGGAAUCGAAGUCGCGAGAAGCUACAACAGACAAUACUUUUACCACUGCUUCGGUAUACAGCCGUGGCUCUGGCUCUUCUACUGGGGAGAAGAGCGCUGCACACAAUUUGGAUAACUUCGCUGCAGCCUAUGUCAGGCUCGACAUUCUCAUGGACAAGAUCCUCACUGGACUCUAUUCGCCACGAAAGUCUGUCAGGUCAUGGAAGAGCGCACAGAGCAUGAUUGCCUCGCUCUCUGAAGAACUUGAAACCUGGGCUUUGCAAUCGUUGCCACAGGGCGCGCCUGUUGCUGCUGCUGCUGCUGCCGCCACUGUUGAUCACAGUUUAGAUCGCGAGCGCUUGCUGCUCUAUCUAUACUACUACAAUGCCAAGAUCUGCAUCACUCGGCCAUGCGUCUGUAAAACGGAUGAGCGGAUAAAACGACAGAGCGAAGAGUCUUCGCGCUUCAACCAAAAGACAGCUGAAGCCUGUAUCGGAGCAGCUCUUGACAUCGCAGCGCUGCUGCCUGAUGUCCCGAACCGUUCUUGGUACUAUGCAAACGGUCCUUGGUGGUGCGCCACACAUAUGAUCAUGCAGGCCCUCACCCCGCUUUUGAUCGAGCUUUCAUUGGACUGCGUCCACUUGACCAUCGACAUGUCUCACGUGACAUCUUGUGUCGAAAAGCUUAUAGCGUGGCUUCACUCGAUGAAGACUGUUGACGCGGUUAGCGAGAGCGCAUACAAUGUCGUCACCAAGGUGCUCAGCAGACAACGAUCAGAAGACGCUGCCAAGAAGCAAAUGCCCCAUCCAGAGCACACUCAAGCACUUGGCCGCCAGGAAUAUGGGCCAUUACAGCAACAGCCUGGCUCGCAGCAGUCAUACCAAAUAACAAACCACCCGCAUCAGCUACAGCAAAUAGAGCAUGCAUGGCCAGGGCCUGAUGAGUUGGGUAGUAUGCCCUACUUUCCGCAGCCCGAUAUCGGGAGAUUCUACCAGAAUAACGCGCCCAGCUCUGAAUAUCUGACUAGUUCGAACACGGGCAUACACGAGUUUGGCCAGCCGCAGAUGAGUUUGUUCUAUGCAAAUCCUUUUAUGGCUACGAUGGACCAGUGGGAUUGGGACUCGAUGGCGGUGGAGGAUACAGGUCACGGACAUGGACAAGGUAUGCACCAGUAUCAAGGUCAGAAUUUUGGUGGUGGACCGUCUCAGUGAUUUUGGGGUAUGGAAGAGGAGGGGAUCUUUUUUUGAUCGUUAGGAGUAUUUUGGGAGGUCGCUGGUAUUUACAUAUAGGGAUGUGUUGGGCGGAGACCUUGAGCACGGAACAAAAGAUUAUUACCAACCAAAAGAAUAGUUACAAUUAACGAAUUCAU